CCUUGCACUCCUAUAAAUAAAAUUCUACAUACUGGCAAAACAAAAAGUUGUUGGGAAAAAUGAAAGUAGAAAGAUUAAAGUUAAGGCGGAAUUUUUGGACUUCCGGAGAAAUUGAGUGUAUGCUAGAUUUGCUUCGCGAGGUGCAUAAAAUGCAAAGAAACACAGCAACAACCAAUUACACGUUUGUUCAGAUAGCCACUAAGAUGAAGAGGCGUGGAUUUCCUAACAAGAGCGCCCAGCAGAUACGGCGCAAGUGGUUCCAAAUGAAGUCUGCUUAUUUGUGCUACAAACGAGGCAAUGUCGAAAGGUUGCUCUUGAUACCCGAGAAAUUUCGCUCUACAAUUGCACAAUUCGUCGACAGAGAGGUUCAGCCAACAAACUAUCAGGAAAUGUCACCGUCACCGUCUCCGCCACCUGCGCCGUCCUCAUCACUUCCACUACCACCGCCAAUAGCUCCAGAAGUAGUUCAAGCACCUACGCCUCCGUUAAUUAAUAGCAAUACAAAAGCUAAAGAGCAGGACACAUUCAAUGCCCCAAAACCGCCAGUUGCUUUAGGAAAACGUGUUUACAGAGAUAAUAGAUUUGAUGAGUUCCUUGUUCGUGUAAAACAAACACACAAAAUCAUUAAUAAUGAUUUUUUGAAUAUGCAGAAAAUUCUAAUGGAUUUCGAACAUGCUUGUCAAAAAGAGAGAGACGCUAAAAUUGUAUCAUUUAUCAAAAGUAUUAAUUAUGAUAUUUAAAAAAGUGAAUAACACCACGCAAUAAAAUAGUUUUUCUCGAAAGCUUUUAUU